AUGUCCGACGCUGCUGUUUUGAUUGAGGAAGAUGACGUUAUCGAUAACAUAGAUAAAGUAUUGGCGUCAUGCCCUCAUAAUUUGGAGAUAUAUGAAUCGGUUUUAAAGAAGUUGAAUCCUAUUGUCGUGAGGUCAUCGGAGGAUGAAGAAUAUAGAAACAAACUGGCGCAAUCUUUCUUUCUUUGGAAACAGUUAAAGACAAGUAUUAGUGGAUGUAGGGUUGAGAAGAUUUUGAAAUUGGCUGAUGAAAACCAUCUUCAUUGGUACCUGAGGACGUUAAGAGGAGUUAUAGUACUUAUGAGAAACUUGUCUGUGAGCAAUCAGGAGAUACCAUUGGAGCUCGGUCUUCAAAAUGUGGUGAUCAAGCUUUUUACUAUCAUUGCAAGCUUUCAUUUCACUUACGAAAAUAUGGAAACCUCGCUAUACGUGGCCUCUGUCAGCUUCCUCCAUAACAUUUCUAAAACGAACAUUGGCUACGAAAAAAUUGAUAUGGACUCCCUUAUGAUCUUUUUACAGUAUCCUACAGAACACCCGGAUAAGAAUCAAGAACUGUUGACCCCGUUUCUACUUUAUUUCGUUAAUCUUGCAUCCAACGAUGACUUUCUUUAUUCUUUCUUCAGACAGGAAGCUAGAGAUAAAAUACUUUACAGUUUUUUGCUCCAAGAAAUUAUCUCUGAUUACACCAAUAUUCAAAAUUAUACUCGGAGUAAAAAGAGCCUGAAUAUUGGGGAUACUCCAGAAGAGCUAGAUUUCAUGGAUUUUGUGUUGUUAAAACUAUUCAUUACUUUAUCUUCCAACGAGUCUUUUGGAUUUUAUCUAGAAAAACUGGAUGAGAAUCCGGAGAAGACUGAGGAGUGUAUCGAUUUCCUGGAAGUCUUACAGUUGGUAAUUACUAGUAAAGAGAAGUGGAACAAACCUCAACUUAUAGGGAUUAUGUCGUGGUGCUACAAGAUAUUUGAUCACGCCAGCAAGGAUCUGAAAGAAUAUUUCAAGAAAGGAAAAGAUGACGAGAUGAUAGCCGCUGUUAUGCAUAAAAAACUUCUUUUUACGCUUGGUAUCAUUGCUGGUCUUUCAGAAUAUGAAGAUGUGCUUCAAUUUUUACUUUCAUACGGGGGGCUAGAAACCUUAGUAUGCAUGUUAAGGGUCCUCCAAGACAACUUGUUACGCAUUAAUUUUGUCAAGGAUGGUUCAGGUAACACACAGAGUAUUAAGACUACAGACUCCUUAGGGAGUAAGGUUGAAGAUAUGUCGAAAGUACAACAUAGAGUAGACUUUGAGACUCAUACGAUCAGUGCAACAAAUUUUCCAGAAGUAAAACUUUUGGUGAUCGAAAUUUUAACGCAUCUCACUUACCGUAAGAAAGAGGUUCAAGACCGGAUUAGAGAGUUGCAUGGGUUGGAAUUGGUUUUAUCAAACUGUGUUAUUGAUGACAAUGAUCCGUUCAUCAAGGAAAGAAGCAUCAUCUGUGUUAAGUUCUUACUAGAAAACAAUGCAGCGAAUCAAGAUUUUGUUGCAAAGUUGGAGGCAAAAAGGGCAGCAAAUGAAGACGUUUUAGAAGAGGCGGGUUACGAGGUCAAAAUUGAUGGUUCAGGACAGAUCAAAUUGCAGGAGAAAACAUGA